CUUCCGCUGUCAUCUCCAUUAUCAGGGCUCUUGGAUUUAUUCAGUCACUAGGGGAAAAGAAAACCCUAAAGAUUUCUUCCUUCUUCAGAUCAAAAUCUGAAAAUUAUCACUUUCAAUCUUGAGAAAUUCCCCAGAGAUCUCUAAAACCCGCGACUUCGAGUUCGGGUUCUUGAUUCCUUCAUUUGACCAAAGGUGUUUUUGCAGAGAUUUCCUUGUGUUAUUCGAUUUCUUCGUCGUCUUUCUUCUGGAUCCACUCUUCAGAUGAGCAAUCGGAAUCGCAUUCUGAGAGUCCCCAAAUCCAAGUUGGAGGUCUUCUUCGCAUUGUUCGUUUCCUGUAAUUCCCGUCGUGAGAUGGGAAAUUCUGGCGACCCAUCUACGGAGAAUCUCUAAUUCCUCCGAAUCCGUAAAAUCCAGAAGUCGAGGAACCCUAAAUGGUGGGAAAUCUACGUACAUUCCCGUAGAUUUCCGAUCUCGAGCGUGAGCAGAAGGGAUUCCAUCUGAGGUUCAUUGAUUCUAGGGAUUCUGAUUUUUGGAGUUUUCUGAUUUCUCAAAUGUUCUCGAACCAAUUCGUUCUCUUCUUCUGUCUCCUCCUCUGCCUCCCGAUCGUCUUCUUCCUCGUCGCGCCACGUGUCUUCCCUCCUCCGCCCGGCGACUCCUUCAUCCCCAUCUCCGAUGAGAUCGACGAUCAAAGCCUCUUCCACCGCGCCGCUGCCGCCUCCUCCUCCCUCUCCCACCUCUCCUCCGGGAACCCUAAACCUAAGCUCAAGAUCGCUUUCCUCUUCCUCACCAACUCUGACCUCCAUUUCGCGCCAAUCUGGGAUCGCUUCUUUUCGGGCCAAUCACGCUCUCUCUACAACGUCUACGUCCACGCGGAUCCAUCGGUGAACAUCACCAGACCCGACAAUGGCUCCGUGUUCGAGAACGCCUUCAUCUCCUACGCCAAGCGAACCGCACGCGCCUCCCCGACCCUCAUCUCCGCCACGCGCCGCCUACUCGCCACCGCCCUCAUCGAUGACCCGGCGAACUCCUACUUCGCUGUGCUCUCUCAGCACUGCGUUCCUCUCCACAGCUUCCGCUACGUCUACCACUCCCUCUUCGAGUCCUCCACCUUCGACAAAUCCGACCCGGAUCCGACUCUGAGAGGGAUCCGAGUCCGGUACCGGAGUUUCAUUGAGAUCAUCUCCGAAGAGCCUCGGCUUUGGAAACGGUACAUCGCUCGGGGAAGGUACUCGAUGAUGCCGGAGGUCCCGUUCGAGAAAUUUCGAGUAGGUUCGCAAUUCUUCGUCAUGACAAGGAGACAUGCUCUGUUAACGAUCAAAGAUCGAACCUUGUGGCGGAAAUUCAAGCUGCCGUGUUAUCGAGCAGAUGAGUGUUAUCCUGAAGAGCAUUAUUUUCCGACAAUGUUGAACAUGAAGGACCCCGAUGGGUGUACAGGGUAUACGUUGACCCGGGUCAACUGGACGGGGACUGUGAAGGGCCAUCCGUACACGUACAAGCCGAAGGAAAUCUCGCCGGAGCUGAUUUACCAGCUCAGACGAUCAAACCACUCAAGCUCUUACCUUUUCGCACGUAAAUUUACUCCCGAUUGCUUGAAGCCGUUGUUGACCCUCGUAGACUUGGUGAUUUUCAGAGAUUAAAGAGCUGGUUCCUUUGCUGGGAAGGGGUUUGGUAUAUUGAUAUAUUCUCCCCUCUGCAAGCAAGCGGGGAUGAGAAGAAAGAGGAAAGCUGGGGACAAAUGUCCUAAACAUGUGUAAGAGACGAAGUUGUGUAAUCUAAAGAUGAAUUUAGAGUUUCUGAGAAGAAUCCCAACCCAAAGGUUGUAGCUUUACAUCUUUCUUUCUUUUCUUUUCUUUUUUUCAUUGUGUAAUGUCUCUCUCUACAUGUUCCUUUGAAGCUGGUACUGUACAUAGGAGAGAUGUUUUCGCCCUCCCCGAAUGCGGGAUUUGUAGUUGUAUGGAGAAAGUUUCCGUCUUCCCUUGUGUUUUCGCUUUCGUUUUGGACCCUGUGGUUGGGGUCGUGCUUGUGUCGUGGCUUGAAAUUCAAGCGGUAGGGGUGGAUACGAAUUGGGUAUCGGAGAUUUUUUGUGUUA